AGUGGCGUGUUACUGGUAGCAUGCUUUAGGUGUAGUAAGAGGUGACCUUACUGAAGAAUUAUUGUAUCUUAGGACUUAGGCUUUAAUUUCAAGCUGAUGCAUUUUAACGUUUUAGGAAUGAUUUACAGGCCUUGUUAGUAAAACGCGUCGGUUUGGGUUCAUGGCUUUAUAGAGUCGCUGUCUGAUUGAAGAUUAAAGAGUUCUAGAGAGAUCAGGAAUGGCAGAAGCGCAGCAGGCUCGCGUGCAGAAGACCGUGGAGGAGAUGGUGCAGAGUCUGGAGAAAGAUCACAUCCGCAAGAUGCAGGGGCGCAUGUUCCGCUGCAGCGCAGAGUGUUGUGAGAGUCCCGGACACUCCAUGAACCAGGUGCACCAGUGUAUAGACCGCUGCCACGCACCGCUGGCUAAAGCUCAAGGACUGGUCACCAGUGAACUCGAGCAGUUCCAGGAUCGUCUCACGAGGUGUACAAUGAACUGUAGUGACAAGGCCAAGGACCUGUUUGACUCCGGGGCGAAGGAGCCUGCUGUGCGGGCGCUGAUGGACAGCUGUGUGAGCAGCUGUGUGGACGAACACCUGAACCUGCUGCCCAGCAUGACUCGCAGACUGAAGGACAGCUUGAACUCAAUACCUCAGUGAAGAUCUGACGAGGCUGUAGGAAAUGCUUCUUUACUAGAUGGAAGAAUUUGAUCUGUUCUGUCUUCUCCUUGUGACUUGGUAAAUGGUCCUGUGCUGAAUUCUGUGUCCAUAUUGUUUGUGGUUUUUGUACAGACAAUAAAUAAUGUGAUCAAACCAA